AUGGCGGAGCCAGAAGAGGCCGAAGUUGAUUAUUACGCCGUUUUGAACGUCAGAAAUGAGGUAAAAAUAGUCUUUCAGAUAGAAACAAAUAGAGAAAUACUUCAUCAAUCAUGUAAAGUGUAUUUUGUUGCAUUUCAGGUAAAUCAAAAUGAGCUUAAAGCUGCUUACAGAGUACAGACGCGUGUGCAUGUUAUAUCAUAUCAAGAUCCCGCGAAAAUGAAAGUAAGGUUAAAAAAAAACUUAGGCCCUGUUGGCACAAAGCAAAAUUUUAUUUGUUUUGCGAAAAAAAUUUUAACAGGGAGCCAUUUCUAGUGCGAACGACUUUUUUCACCCGCCAAAAUUUUCUCAACUGUCACCAAAGUUCAAAGAUAUGGAUGCCGUCGAGAAAGGUUGGGGGCCUACAAUUUUUUGUUAAGCGUCAAACUCCUCUGUUCCUUAACAGCUAUCCUUCACCAUGAAAUAAAACAAGGUUCUUUGACCCAAACUUUAAAAAACAGGCAGCCGUUUUCUGAAAACCUUGUUAAUAUGACCAUCUCCUGGGAAUUUUGGCGAGAAACGUGUUUUGAAGCUAGUGGUGGUAGUUGCUGUGUUUGGGAAAGCUUUUAGGAUCGCUGCUCAGCGGCGAAUGGAUUAAAUACCACCGGAGUUCCAUGGCUUCUGGGUGGUCGCAUAAAGGAUUGUUUCACUGUAGACUUUGUAAUUUGGCAGUGAGAUUAAGUUUACAUGUAAAAAUCAUGCCAGUACCCCUCCUUAUCCUCAUAGUGCCUAAUGAUUACUGCCUUUUCAUAAAAGUGAUAGUAUAAACAACAGUUUGUUUGCACUUGUUUUCACAGAUUCCUGUUGAGUUAUUCAGUAAAAUUCAAAAGGCUUAUGAAGGUAUGGUAUUCAUGCACUACAGUUUCUUGUUUUUAUUUACCCCGCCCAUCGUAUAAGCACUGGGCCAAUGCAAUCAAAUGUUUCUGUUAGUUAUACUGGUAACUUAAAAGAAACAAUUCUUUCGAACCUAUAAAUAAAUGCCCCCCUCAAAUAAGGACCACUUUGAAUAAACACCACAUUUAAGGAGUAAAAAAUUUAAAAAAGGGCUGUGCACAGACUGAUGAUGUCACCUAAACAUGACCCCUACCGAGGCUCAGACAAACAUGGGCCAUUUCUGCAAGAGUUUGCAAGAGUGCUGUAUGAAAAAAAAAAACAGUUUGCUAUAAGUUUUGCUGGCCCUUUUGACGUUUUUAGGAGUGUUCCAGUUUCAAAAUUUGAGCAAGAUCCUGGAGGAUAUAAUGUAGAACAAAUCAAAACAUGGUUUAAGUUCAAAGACCUACAAAGGAUUAAGGCAGAGUGGAUAAUGAGAGGACUUUUAAGCACUGUGUCUUAA